AUGCCCAGUUUGACCAGCCUGUUCCUCGUCCUCUGCAGCGUCCUGACCCCCAACCUCUGCUGCGAUUGGGUCCGACGCUUUGGUCACCUGAAUGGCAAAUCUUUGGAUUGCAUCGAGCACAUGGGCGGUCCUUUGACUGAAGAAGCGAGUCCGGUUCUCUUUCCAAACAGCCUCUACGAGCACAUACUGAAGGCUGAGGUGGCGCCUCAGCUUGUUUUCAUCAGAGACAGUUUGAAGCUGAUUUCUGAUCUCUAUCGCCAUGACAACCUCACCUCAGUGACAUGGGAUGUCAAAAAACUGGUAGAAUUCCAGACGAUCAUCCACAGACAGGUGGAGGAACUGAACACCUGUGUGUCGACAAGCAGGCGAAUGAACAGAAGACUGAGACAUUACUACAGUAGACUAACCAGAUGUACUCUAGACCGCACUGGUGGUAGCGCGGCGUCCUGGGAGAUCAUCAGGAGCGUAACUAAACAGCACCUGCAUCUCCUGGAUGUGAUGAUGAACCCCAUCGCUGCCAACAGGAGGCACAAAUUUCAGUUUCUGUCUGUGCAGGAUGAGGACUUAUUUAAACCACAAGGUGACAGAGAUGCUCAUCAGAACCACAACAACCAACCCAGAUCAAGACCCACACCAGCACCUCCAGAAGCAUCUCGAGGACUUCAAGACCUUCGCAAGCAGACACGGGACGACGCUCGCUUCCAGAACCAGAACAAGUUCCAGGGUCACCGGAAGAGUCAGAACCAGGACGUGUCGGCUGAAUAA